UGACCAUUAGAUGGCGUUGUAAAGAAAAAAUCAACAGAGUGCGCUGUUUUUAGCUAUGGCGACCUCCGCAACAAGCAGAAUUCUUUCCUCCCGAGGUCUUUCUGCUGCAUCAAAGCAAUGUCUUCGACAGUUCAGUCGUCAGACUGGUCUGUUGGCACCGGCUGGACGCAUUUUAAUUGCUAGAUCAACCUGCCUCCUCUCCAAAAGAUCUCUGUCCAUUUCUUCAAGAUUGCUAGCUGCUCCUACAGAAAAAAAGGUUUUCCAAAGAGAUAAACCACAUUGCAACAUUGGCACCAUUGGCCAUGUAGAUCAUGGCAAAACUACACUCACUGCAGCAAUUACAACAGUGCUUUCAGAGAAAGCUAUGGCCAAAGCAAAACGAUAUGAUGAAAUUGACAAUGCACCUGAAGAAAAAGCCAGAGGUAUUACCAUAAAUGUUGCUCAUGUUGAAUACAUGACGGAAAAUCGCCAUUAUGGACAUACUGAUUGCCCAGGUCACGCAGAUUACAUUAAGAACAUGAUUACUGGCACGGCUCAAAUGGACGGAGCUAUUCUGGUUGUGGCGGCUACCGAUGGUGCUAUGCCACAAACCAGAGAACACUUGCUUCUUGCGAAGCAGAUCGGCGUAGAGCACAUAGUUGUUUUCAUUAACAAGGUCGAUGCUGCUGAUCAAGAAAUGGUUGAAUUAGUCGAAAUGGAGAUCCGUGAACUUAUGUCACAAAUUGGCUAUGAUGGUGACAAUGUUCCAUUUAUCGCUGGCUCAGCCUUGUGUGCCCUUGAAGGACGAAAUCCCGAAAUCGGUGUUAACGCCAUUCAGAAACUUAUGACUGCCGUCGAUUCCUAUAUCCCCACGCCAGUCCGCGAAUUAGACAAACCAUUCUUAAUGCCCGUCGAAAAUGUUUACUCCAUUCCCGGCCGUGGCACAGUCGUUACUGGCCGAUUGGAGCGCGGCAUUGUCAAGAAGGGAAUGGAGUGCGAGUUUGUUGGUUACAGCAAAAGCAUCAAAACUACUAUUACAGGAAUUGAAAUGUUUCAUCAAAUUUUGGAGGAGUCCCAAGCCGGAGAUCAGCUAGGAGCCCUGGUACGUGGUGUCAAACGUGAUGACAUCCGCCGCGGAAUGGUAAUGGCUAAGCCUGGAACUAUGAAAGCACAUGAUGAUUUGGAAGCCCAGGUGUACAUUCUGAAUAAAGAUGAAGGUGGCCGAUCCAAACCUUUCACCUCAUUCAUCCAAAUGCAAAUGUUUUCGAAGACUUGGGAUUGUGCCGCUCAAGUUAGCCUAAUUGGCAAGGAAAUGGCAAUGCCUGGAGAGGAUGCCAAGCUCAGACUGUGUUUACUGAAACCCAUGGUGGUAGAACAAGGCCAACGUUUUACUUUACGUGAUGGUAUCUUGACUUUGGGAACCGGAGUUAUCACCAAAAUUAAUCCCCGUCUGAAAGAAGACGAGCGGAUGCUUCUAACUGAGGGGAGGAAGGGUCGUGAGAAAACCGAAAAGGCUGCCGCUGCUGGCGGGAAAAAGUGAAAACCGUUUACAGGAGGAUUUAGUUACACGAUUCAUUGAAUUUCAAUAAUAAAGAUUCAUUUCCAAAUAACCGUCGAAUUGGCAAGCAAUCUUGUUUGGCACGCAUUGGCGGCUUUUCAGGCUUGACAACAUUAAUUUUUGUCAUCGUAGUAAAAUCAUGCGACACCCCCACGCAAGUUUGAACUAUUAAAUGUAUUACGAAAAUACAAGUCAGUGCUCGCCCGUA